ACAAACUAAUUAAUUACACAAAUCCUUUCCUUCAUUACAAAAAAGCAUAUAAUAUAUUUGUUUUGCAAGAUCGAGUCCGUUAAUAUGAAGUCCUUCAUGAGAUUGAUUGGAAGCCUUAGCUACGUUUGGCUAGUCCUCGGUGCCAUAUCAGCAGUCGUAGCCCAAUUACCAUCUCCUGUGGUUGACAGUGCCGGAGCUCCUCUUGAAGCCGGUGUAGAAUACUACAUCAAGCCUGCUAUUACCGAUAAUGGCGGUCGUUUCACCUUGAUUGAUCGAAACGGGUCGUGCCCACUCUACGUCGGCCAGGAAAAUGUUUCCGGCUUGGAAGGCCUUCCUGUCAUCUUCACGCCUUUCCUUGAGGGAGAGACGGUGAUUAGGGAGAACAGGGACUUUAAGGUUGUUUUCUCGGCGGCCACAAUCUGUGUGCAGUCAACGGCAUGGAAGUUGGGCGAGACAGACGCUGAGAGUGGAAGGAGAUUAAUUGUCACCGGAGAAGACCAAAACCAGCAACGACCCACCGGCAAUUACUUCCGGAUAGUAAAAGCUGAAGAGGGAGAUAACAUCUACAACAUUUCAUGGUGUCCUACGGAUGUGUGUCCUAUUUGUAAGUUCAACUGCGGGACUGCCGGUGGUUUGGUCGAGAAUGGGAAGAGGUUGUUGGCCUUGGACGGGAGUGUGCUUCCGGUUGUGUUUGAGAGGAAGGCUUAAACUUACCAAAACACAAAGGGCUGUGUCGUUUUUGUUAAUUAUUUACUAGUAAUUAAUUAAAUAAAUGGAGCACUUAAAUAUUAAUUAGCUCCUAUAUAUGAUCUACUAAAUAAAUAAAGCUCAGGUACUCGUGUUUAAUUUGUAAGUCCCUUGUAAAGUUCGAACGUACGUUGUGACUAUUUUUCAGGCCGGCAAAUAAAAGAAAUUGUUAUGUUUUA